CAUCCCUGCCCUGUUUGAGAAGUCAAAUUAAAUUUUUGAAUGAGGAUUUUUGUGUGAAUUUGCAAUCUGUGUUUUAAGUAAUUUUUUUUUUCUAUAUCUAUACAUCUUUGGAUGUGCAUUAAUUAAUUGAUUAUAUUUUGGAAAAGAAGUUGUAAAAUCGAAUUAUAAAUUAUUUUACUGAAAAAGAGGAUUUCGCAAAAAUGGCUUCUCAUCAAUAUCAUCAAAUUGCCAAUUUGCUCGAAAAGAUGACAUCAACUGAUAAAGAUUUUCGGUUUAUGGCAACCAACGAUUUAAUGACUGAAUUACAAAAGGAUAGUAUAAAAUUAGAUGAUGAAAGUGAAAAGAAGGUUGUUCGUAUGGUUUUGCGGCUCCUUGAAGAUAAGAAUGGCGAAGUACAAAAUCUUGCUGUUAAGUGUCUGGGUCCCCUUGUGAAUAAGGUUAAAGAAGUUCAAGUUGAAACAAUUGUAGAUUCUUUGUGUGGUAAUAUGACCUCAAAUAGUGAACAAUUAAGAGAUAUAUCAAGCAUUGGAUUGAAGACAGUUAUAUCGGAAUUACCACAGUCAUCGAAUUCAUUAGCUCCAAAUGUUUGUCAGAGAAUUACUGGAAAAUUAAGCAGCGCCAUAGAAAAAGAAGAUGUUUCUGUAAAACUGGAAGCGUUGGAUAUUUUAUCAGAUCUAUUGUCACGUUUUGGUGAUUUCUUAACACCGUUUCAUGAUGUGAUAUUAAAAGCACUUGUUCCGCAAUUAGGCUCAAGUCGACAAGCCGUGAGGAAGAGAACAAUCGUUGCGUUAUCACAUUUAUUAGUAUUAUGCAAUAAUGAUGCCUAUAAUAAAGUUAUCGAUCAUUUAGUUGAAGGUUUGGAAAAACCUCAAAAUCCUGCAGCAAUUCGUACGUAUAUACAAUGUUUGGCCUCAAUUUGCAGAUAUGCGGGCCAUAGAUUGUGUAACCAUAUUGGUCGAAUAAUGGUCAUUUUGCAAGAAUAUAGUAGAUGUGAGGAUGAUGAAUUAAGGGAGUUUUGUUUACAAGCUUGUGAGGCGUUUGUUUACCGAUGCCCAGAUCCUAUUUUGCCCCACAUACCAAUGAUAAUUGAAUUAUGUGUGAAAUAUUUGGUAUACGAUCCAAAUUAUAAUUACGAAGCAGAUGAUGGAGAAGUUAGUGUGUCGAUGGAUACUGAAGAUGAUGAAUAUGUGGACAGCGAGGAAUAUAGCGAUGAUGAUGAUUUAAGUUGGAAAGUAAGAAGAGCAGCAGCCAAGUGUAUCGAAGCAGUUAUUAUUACACGACAUGAAUUGGUCGAAGAUUUUUAUAGAACAUUGUCCCCAACUUUAAUUUCCCGAUUUAAAGAAAGGGAAGAAAAUGUGAAAUCUGAUAUUUUCCAUGCAUACAUUGCUCUUUUAAAAGCAACACGACCGAUUGAUAAUGUAAUGCAAAAUGCUGACUCAAUGGAUCAAGUGUCCGGUUCAAUAUGCUUAUUACAAGAUCAAGUUCCUGCAAUUGUUAAAGCUAUAACACCCUUAAUGAGAGAAAAGUCUGUUAAAACGCGUCAGGAUUGCUUUUUAUUGUUACGUGAACUUUUACAAGCAUAUCCCGGUGCGCUUGCAAACCACUUAGAUUGUAUUGUUGGUGGUAUACAUUAUUCAUUGAGUGAUAAAAAUUCCACAUCUAAUAUGAAGAUAGAUGCAUUGGCUUUUAUAUCUAGUUUAUUACAAGGACAUAAUCCACAAGUUUUCCAUAAACAUAUUUCUGUACUUGUACCAUUGGUUGUCGCAGCGGUUUUCGAUGCAUUUUAUAAAAUAGCUACAGAAGCUUUAUCUGUAUUGCAGCAGUUGGUGAAAGUAAUACGACCAUUAGAUAACGAAACAAACUUCGAAGCAACGCAAUAUAUUGAACAAUUAUACCAGGCAACAUUUAAAAAAUUAAAAUCUUCUGAAGUUGAUCAAGAAGUGAAAGAACGUGCAAUUGCUUGUAUGGGACAAAUUGUUGCUAAUUUAGGUGAUUUUCUUAAAAGUGAAUUGAAUACCUGUUUGCCAUUAUUUAUGGAACGUUUGCGUAACGAAGUGACUCGUCUAAGCUCUGUUAGAGCUUUGACAAUGAUAGCUGCAUCACCACUCAAAAUUGAUAUUUCACCAAUUCUGAAUGAACUUAUACCGGCCUUAGGUUCAUUUUUAAGGAAAAAUCAGCGUGCUCUUAAACUGAAUUCAUUGGCUUUGUUAAACAAAUUAGUAAAUAAUUACAGUCAUGCAUUUCCACCUGAACUACUACAAACUGCUGUUAUAGAAAUACAGCCCUUAAUAUCAGAUUCUGACUUACAUAUUGCCCAGUUAUCUUUAGUUUUGUUAACGUCAACAGCUCAAAGACAACCUCAAGCAUUAGUUGGAAUUUACGAUCAGUUUACUCCAAAUGUUCUUGCAUUGGUGCGUUCUCCUUUGCUACAAGGAACAGCGUUGAGUUGCACUCUAGAUCUAUUCCAAGCUUUAGUGCAAGCUGAAAUACCGGGGUUGGGAUAUUCUACAUUACUGGAAAUGCUUACAGAACCAGUUUUACAAGGAGGAGAUCAGCUGCACAAACAAGCUUAUCAUUCUUUAGCAAAAUGUGUGGCAGCGUUGACUCAAAAAUCAUCAUUAGAAUCUAUACCAUUAGCUUCUAAGCUUCUAGUAGAUAUAACAAAAUCCCGCAAUGAUUCUCAUUUAGUAUUUUGUUUGUUGACUAUUGGAGAAAUCGGUCGUUAUUGUGAUUUGAGUUCUAUUGAUCUUUUACCACAAACAAUUAUCGAAUGCUUUGGAGCUUCAUCUGAAGAUGUAAAAAGCGCUGCGAGCCAUGCUUUGGGUGCAGUAGCUGUUGGCAAUCUCCAAACAUAUUUGCCAUUGAUUUUAUAUGAAAUUGAAGUACAGCCUCGAAGGCAAUAUCUUUUAUUGCAUUCACUCAAGGAGGUUAUUUCAUCGUUAUCAGCUACACCGAAGGGAGUUGAGCAAUUAAUACCAUCUGUACCAUCAAUAUGGGAUAAAUUAUUUAAACACUGUGAAUGCUCAGAAGAAGGAUCACGCAAUGUUGUUGCAGAAUGUCUUGGAAAAUUAGUUUUAGUGAAUCCAGAAAAAUUAUUGCCUUGUUUACAACAAUCACUUCGAACUGGAAGUCCUCAAAUGAGGACAGCAGUUGUAACUGCUGUUAAAUUUACAAUUUCUGAUCAACCACAGCCUAUAGAUAUUUUAUUAAAACAAUGUAUUGGAGAAUUUUUAUUUUCUUUACGCGAUCCAGAACCUUCUGUAAGGCGGGUCGCUUUGGUUGCAUUUAACUCAGCUGUUCAUAAUAAACCAAGUCUUGUCAGAGACUUACUUCCAACAUUGUUACCAUGGUUGUAUGACGAAACAAAAGUCAAAGACGAGUUAAUACGGGAAGUCGAAAUGGGUCCAUUUAAACAUACAGUUGAUGAUGGUUUGGAUAUCCGUAAAGCUGCAUUUGAAUGUAUGUAUACAUUAUUAGAGCAAGGAUUAGAUAGAGUAGAUGUGAUGCAAUUUUUGGAUCAUGUUCAAGCUGGUCUUCGUGAUCAUUAUGACAUUAAAAUGUUAACAUAUUUAAUGACAGCUCGUUUAGCUGUACUAUGUCCUGAAGCUGUUCUUUUAAGAUUGGAUCAAUUCGUAUUGCAAUUACGAACAACAUGUACGCAUAAAGUUAAAGCAAAUUCUGUGAAACAAGAAUAUGAAAAACAAGAUGAAUUAAAGAGAUCAGCCUUAAGAGCUGUUGUUGCAUUAGCAUCUAUACCUAAAGCAGAUAAAAAUCAACAAUUAUCAGAGUUUUUAAAAUUAAUUAAAGAAACACAGGAGCUCAAUAAAAUAUUCGAAUUAAUACAAAAGGAUUCAAUAUCAAAUAGUAACUCAGAAACGAUUUCAAUGGAUCAAAGUUAAAUGAUCAAAAAAAAAAUUACAAAUUACAAAACAAAAAAAAGCUCUUUUAAUUUUACUUGGGCAAAAAUUAUAUUUAAUAAAGCUAAUUAAUAAAAAAGUUUCUCAUUGAUUUUCUUUCAUAUAAAAAUUAGUUUUUUUUUUUCAUUCAUAACAUUAAUUAAAAAAAAUGUAAUAAAG